UAGAGAAAUGGAAGAUGAGGAAACACUGCUGACUAUAAAAUUUUCAGGGAUCAGUGAAUAAUAGAGCUCUUUGUUCAAACAAUAUUAAAAACUUGAAGGUGGCAUUCCAGCCAAGUUCAUAGCUCUUCCGAGCUCAGAGUUCUGUGCAACUACACAAACCACAUACCUGUAUCCAGAACAUUCAGGCUGGGAUGUUCCAAGUGCUCUUCUGCCAGACCUCAUCAGCCCAGGAAAAUGGCUUCUCUGGGCCAGAGGCAGCUGGAAGAGAAGCCGACUUCUUCGUCGUGAAUGGGAUCCUGGGAGAGUCAGCUACUUUCUCCUUAGAUAUCCAAGAACCACAAGUUCAAACCAUUGCUUUGAUUUCAAAAUCAUCUGUUGCUUUUGUAACAAUAAAGGGCUCAGGAAUGGAACCCAUGCUUGUUGUGACCCACAAAAAUUAUCUUGGAAGAAUAAAGGUCUCAGGUCCUAAUUAUGACCUAGUCAUCAGUGAUCUAAGGAUGGAAGAUGCAGGAGACUACCUAGCAGACAUAAACAUUCAGAACGCACCCGCUACCAUCACCAAGCAAUACAACCUGCAAGUCUAUCGUCGGCUUGGGAAACCAAAAAUCACACAGAGUCUGAUGACAUCUGUGAACAGCACCUGUAAUGUCACACUGACAUGCUCUGUGGAUAAAGAGGAAAAGAACGUGACGUACAGUUGGAGUCCCCUGGGAAAAGGCAAUGUCCUUCAGAUCUUCCGGGGCCCUGAGAGCCAAGAACUGAACUACACGUGCACAGCCUGGAACCCUGUCAGCAACAGCUCUGACUCCAUCUCUACCCAACACCUCUGCUCAGAGAUGGCAAUGGGCAGCAGUACUCAACGCACCAAGCUUCUGAGUGGAUUGACUGUGCUGUUUCUGCUGGUUCUCGCUCUGCCUUUAGUAUUCUUGAUCCAUUGGUGCAAGAGACGACAAGGUUCGCAUUUGAAGGCCUUCACUAAAAAUUCAGAUGCUUCCUCAAAGGCAACAAUAUAUACAUACGUAACAGCUUCAAAAGAGGUACAGCCUGCAGAGUCCAGAAUCUAUGAUGAAAUCCGCCAUUCCAAGAUGUUCUCCACCAAGGAGGAGCAAAUGAACACAGUUUAUUCCGAGGUGCAGUACUUUGAUAAGUUGGGGAAAGCCAGCACACGGGACAGCAAAGCUACAGCAACUUCAAGCUAUGAUAUUGUCAUCUAGGUCAGUGACUCAGCCCUUCUCUGCACAGUUCUUACCAGGAAGUUCCAAAACACCAGAUCACAAAACAGUAGGGAAUCUGUUGCUAGCCACAGCUCAGGCACAGACAGACAAAGAGAUAGCUGCCCUUUCUGAAAGCGCUCUCUUCUGGAGGAACAACAAGGCAGAGUUCCUGGUACUUCGAAAUACAUAUGGAAAAUCCUAUUUCUAUAGCACUUCAUAGUAAACAACCAAGAUUGCUUAUGUCCGAAGAUUACGCAUCAUGGGAGAAGUCUUAUGCCUGACAGGACAACCUUGCCCAGCAAUCGCAGGAGAUCACUAUUUGACGCAUCUGUAACAGGCCAUGGUGCACCACCUAGGACACUCUGUUCAGAUUCAAUACAUGAGAAUACUCCUGAUGCAUGGCUUCAAUCAGCCCCAACAGCACACUGAGCAAAUUAGGAAAGGCACUCAUUCCUUGGAGUAGAUGUAGCCCCUCAUCCAGCUGCAUGGUGUGGUAAGCAGAGUAUGGGCCCACACACUCCUUUGCUGGGGAAUAUCCAUGCCGCAUAGACUGGAUCGACAAACUCAAAUACAGAUGGUGAUACUGUGUGGAGGCUAUCAAAGUGAUGGCUCUCAGGUGUGCAGACACAUUCUCCAAAUCAAUGGAGUGCUGAAAAAUGCUUUUCCUGGGGACUAGACUACAGGCAACUUUUCUUUGGGCUCUCUCUGAGAAGCCUUGUAGAAUUUCCUUUCACAGGCUAGAGCCAUGGCUCAACAAGCUAAUCCUUCACCUUCAAGCACCAGCAUCCCAUAUGCACACCAGUUCAUAUCCCAGCUAUUUCACUUUGGAUCCAGCAGUGUGCCUGUGGCCUGGGAAAGCAGUGGAGGAUAGCCCAACUCCUUGGGACCCUGGACCCAUUUUGGAGACUUGGAAGAAGCUCCUGGCUCCUGGUUUUGGAUCAGCUAAACUUGGCCACUGUGGCCACUUGGACAGUAUACAGUAUACCGGUGGGUGGAAGAUCUUUCUUUCUGUCUCUCCUCUCUGUAAGUCUGCCUUUCCAAUAUAAAUAAAUAAAUCUUAACCAAAAAA